UAUGAACAUAAUUUACUGUUUAUUUAGCAUACAACAUUCUUAUUUAUUUUCAAAAUACAACUUUAAACAUUAAUUAGUGAUUAAGUAAUAAUGUAUCUUACUAAACUUUAGGCUUCAAUUUAAGAAAAAGUUGCUCGUUUUAGUUUGCAAUAUUUAUUGAAUAUAAAAAUGAUUUUGUUACAUUCAGUUGCCUCAAACUUUUAUAGAAAAUUUGGCCGACAAUACUCUCAGUUAAAAUAUUACAAUUCAUUAUGUAUCGGAUCCUAUCGAAUUGUACACCGAGAAAGUUUUUUUGCAAUAAAUAUAAAUAAAAAAUUAAGUAGAAGUAUUUAUACUUCUACCAUUUUUAAUGAUAAAAGUGAAGUGAAGGAUUCCAAGGAAAUCGCAGAUAAAUUGAAUUCAAGUGAUUUAGCGAAAGAGACGAAAAAUUCACUUAAACAGAAAUCAUUGGGUGAUAUAAUAGUUAAGACUGAAACUGAUGCAGACAAUGUUGUUACUAAAGUAACUAUAGAGAAAGCUAAGCCCAAAGAAAGUCAAGAAAAUGUUAAUAAAGUGGUUUCACCUCCAAAAAAGAAAAGGCUUUUGAUUGAUUUUUCUGCUUCAUACACUGAGCGAAAUUUUAUAACACCUAUGAGAGCUAUGACUGAAUACUUACUGAAGCAGUCAGACUUGGAGAUAUUGCCAAAAGUCUUAAGAAGAUCACCAUAUGAGGCAGAACCACCUAUUACAGUUUAUUAUAGGAAAGAUGUUGAAGCUAAAGCUAUUGAGAUUUGGGGUUCAAAAGAAGCUCUUGACAAAGAACUUUUACGUAGAGAAUUGGAUAGAAGAAGAUAUGAGCAAGAUGUGUUUACUGUCAAAAGGCGACUUAGAAAUUAUAGGAGAGAAAUGGGCCAUAAAAGGUUGAAGCAUGGAGUGGAAGAAAUGGGAUUAAAAACAGUCUCAGGAAGAGUUGUGUUAACAGCUGUUGGAAUAAAUGGUUGUAACUUUCUAUUUAAGCUUUGUGCAUGGUUGUACACAGGAUCACAUAGCUUAUUUUCUGAAUGCAUACAUUCUCUUGCUGAUACUGUUAAUCAACUUAUAUUAGCAUAUGGGAUACAUAAGUCUGUACAAAUUGCAGAUCCUGACCAUCCAUAUGGCUAUACAAAUAUGAGAUAUGUAUCUUCAUUGAUAUCUGGUGUUGGUAUCUUUUGUGUGGGAUGUGGCUUGUCAUUCUACCAUGGGGUCACUGGUAUAAUAGACCCUCAACCACUGCAUGAUUUUUACUGGGCCUACUUUGUCCUUGGUGGAGCUGUUGUUUCAGAGGGGGCUACAUUAAUGGUAGCUCUAAAUGCCAUCAAAAAAGGUGCAAAAGAAGCUAACAUGAGCUUGUAUGAAUAUGUCAUGCGAAGUUCAGAUCCAUCAGUAAAUGUUGUUUUGUUUGAGGACACUGCGGCAGUGGCCGGUGUUAUUGUAGCAGGAAGUUGUAUGGCAAUAUCGCAGUAUACAGGAAGUCCGCUGCCAGAUGCAAUAGGUUGCAUUCUGGUAGGCACUCUGCUUGGUGGUGUAGCAUCUUUUAUCAUACUUAGCAAUGUUGGUGCUCUAAUUGGAAGAUCAAUUCCACAAGAACAAUUAGAUGAGAUAAAUAGUGUGCUAGAAAGGGAUUUCAUGAUAAGAGCUAUACAUGACGUAAAGGGUAUAGACAUAGGGAGUAAUCUUAUAAGAUAUAAGGCGGAAGUAGACUUUGAUGGUAGAGCUCUAACUAGAUCAUAUUUAGAAAAACAUGACUUAAACAUGUUAUUAGAGGAUAUGAAAAAAAUUGAUACCAUAGACGAUGUAGAGGCAUUCUUACUAAAACAUGGAGAAAAUAUUGUUGAUAUGUUGGGAGGAGAGAUUGAUAGGAUAGAAUUGAAAUUAAGGAAAAAGUUUCCACAAAUUCGCCACUGUGAUUUGGAGAUUCUAUAAGAAAAACUAAUAUAGCUUACUGGCUUAUGACUUAUAUUAACUCAAAUAGCAGUUAUUUAAAAAAAUAUCAGUUAAAAUUAUCAAUAUAAAAUCAAUAACAUGCAGAAACUAUAUAAAUGCGCUUUAACGAAAUUCUGCAAUUGGUGAUAGUUUAAACCCAUAUUUAGAUCUCUUUUUAUCUCAUGCAAUAAGCAACCUGGGGAUAAUUAAUUAUAACUAUUACUAAAAAAUUUAAAUGAUAAAUUAUCCCUUGUAGAAAAUAAAUGUUAUUUAAUUUAAUUAUUAAAAUUACUCCACAAUACUUUCCGUAAACUAACACCUUUUUUAAAAGUAUACAUUUAGAUUACCUGUUUGUAAGUGUGAGUGAAAUCUGGAAAUUAAAUUUUGACUCAGUUCCACCCAAUUGAGAGCUAAAAAUUUACACUUUUGGUGCUGGUGACAAUACUAUUUAGUGCAUUAAAUUCUAUUAGUAUCAGUGCCUAUAGGGAUUAAACUGAAGUUUUUUUUAUAAAAAUACAAUUUUAAAUCACUGCUAUUUUUAAGAAUACUUUAUUAUAAGUUCAUAAUAACAGUGUGUUUAAAAUAUUUUCAGUAUCCAUUGCAGUUUAAUUCAUAUAUUUUGAAUUUCUAUUAAUCAGAUGCUUUCAGGCGUUAUAAAUUUUGUAUAUCAUGGAUAUUUUAUAAUGUCUAAUAUUAUUUAUAAACCUCUGUGAUUUUAUUGUAUAUAGGUUUUACAGAGUUAAGUAUAAAUAGAUGUAUCCUAAAACUCAUUAUGACUGUAAAUAAAAUUGUUGAAUGACAA